AUGCGCCGUGCGCUUUUGCUUUCUCUCAUUCCCAUUGCCCUGGGGUGCAAUAACCCGGAGACCCAUGCCUGUGCUGGUGCAUUCGUGUCGUCCAGCUCUGCUGCUGCGGAGUUCUGUGCUACUUUCACUGCGAGUACAGUGACUGCUACCACUGGACUGCCCGAUAGCUUUGCCUCGGCCUGUGAUUAUAAGACAAAGCAUCUAUCGAGUGCCUGCAGCUGUCUCGAUACUGCUUGGGCAACUGCUGGAGCAAGCUCCGGCUCUGAGCAAACUACUACUGUUGCGACCAGCGUUGUUGCGACCAGCGUUGUUGCGACCAGCGUUGUUGCUACCAGCACUGCGCCAGUAGUAGUGGUUUCGACCGAUGUGCCCUCCAGCUCCCCGACUACACUGGUAAAGACCACCCGACCGGCUACCUCUACAGCUUCAUCUGUCGUUGAUGUCCCGACAACAACUGAAGUUCCGACCACCACUCAAGUGACCAGUAUUGUGGCUGCUGAGUCGACUGGUACUGGUACCACUUGCAUUGUAUCUGAAUACGCAUCCCUCUCGUCUGCCGUUGCAUCUUGCACCAACAUUGUAUUGUCCGACCUUUACGCCCCGCCGUCCAGCACCAUCGAUCUCCAGGGCCUUCAGACGGGCGCUACUGUGACUUUUGCUGGCACUACUACAUUCGGUGACACCUAUGACGAUGACUUUGACCCUAUUGUAAUCUCUGGAACUGACAUUACCAUUACCGGUGCCGAGGGCCAUGUCAUCGAGGGCAAUGGUGCCGCCUACUGGGAUGGAGAGGGUUCUAAUGGUGGCCAGGAUAAGCCUGACCACUUUAUCGUCGUCAAGAAGACUUACAACUCCAAGAUUACCAAUCUGAACAUCAUGAACUGGCCUGUCCACUGCUUUGACAUUACCGGUUGCCAGCACCUAACCAUCUCCGGUCUGACUUUGAACAACACUGCUGGAGAUGAGCCCAACUCUGCCAGUGGUGACGAUCCUGCCGCCCACAAUAGCGACGGUUUCGAUAUCUCCUCUAGCGACUAUAUUACCCUGGAGAACAUCGAGGUGUAUAACCAAGAUGAUUGUGUUGCUGUCACUAGCGGAACAGAAAUUGUUGUGGACAACCUGUACUGUUCUGGCGGCCAUGGUUUAAGCAUCGGUUCUAUCGGCGGCAAGAGCAACAACACCGUCAAUGGAGUCACUUUCAAGAAUUCUCAAGUGGUCGAUAGCGAGAAUGGCUGCCGCAUCAAGACCAACUCUGACACUACUGGCACUGUCGAGAACAUUGUCUACGAGAACAUCACCUUGUCUGGGAUCACCGAUUAUGGUAUUGAUAUCCAGCAAGAUUAUCUGAAUGGUGGCCCCACUGGCGACCCAACUAAUGGUGUUACCAUUAGCGGUGUCACUUUCACCAACGUCCAGGGUACGGCCACAGAUGAUGCUUUGGACUACUAUAUUCUCUGUGGCUCCGACAGCUGUUCAGACUUCACUUUCACAGAUGUCUCUAUCACUGGUGGUGGUGAAACUAGCAGCUGCAACUACCCUUCCAGUGGUUGCCCUUAA